UUGAAGUUCGAGGUUGAUCAUUCAAUAAUCAAAUAUGUUCCUUUUCAGACUCCUAAUAAAGAAUUCGUCAUUUUUAAACGGGAAAAUAUUCGGCGGACAUACUAUCAGUUGCUGAAAGAUGCUGAACGCCUAGCAUGUGGCCUGAUCCAUCUUGGUGUGGAAAAAGGCGAUCGUGUUGGAAUCUGGGGACCGAACACAUACCAGUGGGUGACAGCUCAGUUUGCCACUGCACUCGGUGGAAUGGUUCUGGUAAACAUCAACCCCUCCUACCAAUCGGAGGAACUACGAUUUGCUCUUGGUAAGGUCGACAUCAAGGUGCUGAUCACUCCUCCUGGCUUCAAGAAGUCCAACUACUAUCAGAGUGUUAGGGAUGUGAUCUCGGAGAUUGGACUUAAGCCGCCUGGCCGAAGCGAUGUAUCCUCAUCGUGCUUCCCUGUGUUCCGCCAUCUUAUCAUCUUCGAUCCAGAAGACAAGGCCUACCCUGGCGCUUGGCGGUACAGCGAU